CCAUCCACUCUUACGUGUAUAUGUAUAUAUAUACCCUUCAGUGCCUACUCAAUACCAUACCCUCUCUCUCUCUCUCACGUUCAUUGAUAGCUAAGCUACAUACUGAAAAUAUGAAGGGCAGGUUUAUAAGAGCAUGUGUAAACAAAUGGAGGAAGAUAGGAAGCAAAGUUGUACCUUGUACAGCCUGCGAGCACUGUUGCCAAUGGGUUUUGUGGUCUCCCUUGCAUGAGGAUUGCUUCAUUCCGAGUGACGUCCCGAAAGGUCACUUGGUUGUCUAUGUAGGUGAGAAUAACAGAAGGUUUGUAAUCAAGAUCAGCCUUCUCAAUCACCCUCUGUUCAAGGCAUUGCUGGAUCAAGCACAAGAUGAGUUUGACUUCACUGCAAACUCAAAACUCUGCAUUCCUUGUGAUGAGAGCCUUUUCCUUAGUGUUGUCCACCGUGCUAGCUGAGCUGAUAACCGACAAAUCCCUCUGUCUUUGAAGAUAGGUUGCUGUCAAAUUUAAUUCAUUCUGGAGAUCUAAAUUCUCUUUGAGAAUGCUGAUAUGUAUUUAGCCACAAUUUGUUGUAUACUAAUGUAACUUGAGUAAAUGUUUGUGAAUUUCUUACCACUUGGGGACCUAAUGCUACUAAAGGAAAAUGGUGCUCUUAGCAACAAGUUGCUGAAAGUGCAACAAAAACUCAGUUAUCAAAAUACUCAUCCGCUGCAACAAAUUAAACCAGAUUACUUGGGAAAUUUUCCACUUGAGGUGCAACUCGGCCAUCAAAUGGAACCAUUCUAUUCCCGCAUCUGUUCAUGCUUCUCUCACACCUUUCACUUUCAGCAACAUCACCUUUCACUUUUUUGAAGUAGUAAUAAUAAAAAUUCCUGCCAAUUCUGUUUAACAACAUCAUUAAAACUUGAAA